GUUGUGAUUGGCUGUUGUUAAAGUCAAUCAACUACCAAUCAAACUGAACAGCAACCAGAGCCCGGCAACAAAGGCUCGUCCGUGUAGUAACUACAUGGUCAGUGAAUGUAUGGUUUGUGCAUUCAAACUCCUGAAAGCAAGCAAACAUGCCUCCUAAGAAAAAAACAAAAAAGACCACAAAGAAGAAUCCAGAAAAAAGUGAAAAUGACUUGCAAGCGAAGUACAGGCGCAGUAUUCUGGAUAUAGCCAUCCUACAGGAUCACAUUGCCGUACAGUGUGAGUCUGUAAUGAAAGUCCAAUCUGAUAGAGCUGACUUGAGGAGACGCAUGAGAGACAUGGAGCAGGAGCUGCAGCACACGAAACAAGACCACAGGGACAUCAGCUCUGACCUCAGUCGCCAGUACAAAACUAUGCAGAUGGAGCAGACCAACAGGGUGAAGAGGCUGGAGAAGGAGGUCAGCCAGCUGAACGAAGAACUCGUCAUGUAUCAGGAGGAACUGAGGAGAGAGAAAAGAGAGCGGGAGCAGGUGACACAGGAGAAGGACGCCAUCAUAGCUGAACUCAAACACAAGCUGGACAACAUGGAAGCCGACUAUGAGAAGAUCCUGCAUGAGACUUUAGACAGCCUGACUUCCCAGCUGUCUGUGGCUCGGCAGAGAUGGGAGGACAAGAGCACAACCCUUCAUCAAAAUUACAAGGAACUGCUCUCUGAAUUUGGCCUGAAUGCGCUGGACAUCUAAAAGACAUGAUCCUCAGCAGUGAAAGCAGCCGCUGCUCUCAGCGGGGCACAUUAGUUUAAUGUUCUAUUGGAUCAGACUGUUGCAUCCAUGUUUGGUUAAAAUGAAAGUGACGUCUACGACAGCAUCAAUUUGCAGCUUGUGAUUUAGAACGCCAAGCACGCAGAUGGAUGUUGAUGUAAUAUUUUACUAGAGUACAAAAUAGGCUGAGUUAUUCAUGCAUGUAUUCAGUAGUUCACCAUGUCUGUAAUGUCGCGCAGUGCCCACUAGAUGUAGCAAAUGACUGUUUAUGGUUGUUGAGAUGGUGGCCAGUAUUUUGUAUUUUACAUGCGUAAUUGUAUGGUACACUUUGUUCUUUUUGAGGCAAAAUAUUUGUAAAGUCAAAUAAAACUAUGUGAGCACUACACUAACAUGGUAUAAAGUAAUUCUGGGUGCGCAUAUACUGCACUGUACAUAAACAACAGUAAAGGCUAUUAAGAUCUUACAACAGAUUGGCGUGUCAGCCACGAUAGAAAUGUAGAUACCGUUUUCAGGUGGUGUUUUUAUGCUGAAUUGGUGGACCAGAGGCUAAAUAUAGUAACAGGUGUGAGAUGAAACUGGCCACAUGAACCACAGAGACGUAAGAGACUGUGCUACCACCACUGCUGAGCGGUAAUACUGCUAGACUGCAGCACUCUCAUUCAGCCCCAUUUGACUAUGACAAAACAGAAAUCAUGAGAAAUGGAAGUAUAAAAAGUAAUCAAAAAGUAAGAUUCAGUAUGAAGUACAAUAGACUACAAGAA